AUGUGUUGCUAUCGUAUUAUUUGUUUGUUUUUUAUUUUUUUGAGUAUUCUAGAGCUAAAUGUUUAUGCAACACAAACACGUAAGUUUUAAAUUUCAAAGAUCCUGAGGGGAAUUAAAAUUCUUUAAUUAUUUUAUGCAUAUUUUGAUCUAUCAACCCACUUCAAUUAUUAAAUUUAUAGCAAAAUGUGAAGUCAUCAACGUGGUGCCAGAUCAAAAAAGUGACAUUCUACUUCCACUAUCAGUUAUUACCGAUAUGGAUGCAAGAUCAAAACACAAAAAUAGUUGGUACAGCACAAUCAAAUAUGGAGCCCUUGCUUUCUCACAAGUAAGUAAUAACUUAUGAAGAAAUAAAUUUUCAUCAAUUUUUUUCAGAAUCGCACAUCCUCUUUCGUUCAUUGGAUCGGUUCAGUCAACAUCACAUCAAACUUCAAUUUCAAUCAAAAAUCAAUGGAGAUGAGUGACCUGAAAAUUUUCAACAAUCGACUUUUAUCAAUUGAUGACAAAAUGGGAAUUGUGUAUUGGCUUCGUAAUGGAACUGCGAUUCCAUGGGUAAUUGCUUCCGCUGGAGAUGGAUCUUCUAGCCAGCGUAUGUAAUUUUGCUUAAAAUUCUUUAGUCACAGACUGAUUUUUCUUUUAAGCCUUCAAAGGAGAGUGGAUGACAAUUCGAAACGGUGAAUUAUAUGUGGGAAGUAGUGGACACGAAGUUGUUAAUGCGAACGGUGAAUAUUUGAAUGAUAAUGAAAUGUUUAUCAGGGUAAUGAAUAUCCCACUCGGUCUCCACACACUGUUAUUUUUCAGAUAGUCUCUGCAAAUGGCGCCAUGCGCGCUGAAGAUUGGACAGCAAGAUAUGUCAAACUUCGCCGAUCCAUCGGAAUUCAUUUUCCUGGUUAUAUUAUUCACGAAGCAGUUCAUUGGUCUGAAAUCCAUCGGAAAUGGUUUUUCCUACCAAGAUAUUCUUCGAAACUUGCUUUCAAUCCAGCAACAUCAUACGAAACUGGAAGCAAUAUGUUGUUGAGUACUUCAGAUUGUUUUUGUGAUACAAAGGUUGUGAGGAUUGGAUCGCAGAAUCCGCAUAGGGGAUUCAGCGCGUUUCAAUUUGUUCCAGGUGAGUAAAGGAUAAUAGUCUGAAUUCGGUUUAAGACAUUUCAAUUAAUUAUUGAAAUAUAUUAACUCUAUUUAUACUAUUUUGAAACCACUUGAUUUUCAUCUAAAUAUGGUGACGGAGUGAAUAUUAUUUUGAUAAAGUUUAUUGAUGAAAAUAGGCACUCGACUGAUUUUUAAUCUAAAAUUUUAACCCCAAUAUUCGACCAAUUUUAGAUCAAUUAGAUCACAAAAGCAAGUUUUGAUUGAUUCGUGUUUAACAUUGACCCGAUUGGUUUGACAUUUUUAUUAGUUUUAGACAAAAUUCAUGUCUCAAUUUUCUCAAAUGUUCCUAACCUUAUCAAAAAUGAUAAUUUCCAGGAACAAAUGAUGAAAUCAUAACCGCUCUUCGUACCGAAGAAAUUCCUCAAGAUCCCGCAAAACCUUUCGAGAACAAACUUUUUGCCACAUAUAUUACAGUAUUCCGAAUCAACGGUGACAUUCUGUUAGAUGAUAUUCCAGUAGACACCGGAAUAAAAUAUGAAGGUCUCGAAUUCGCAAAUGUAUAUCAAUGUUUAUAG